AUCAGCGGAGGCUUCCGCACUCUGACCAGAGCGGGACGCAACCCGCGGAGGGGAUGAGAGGCUCUCCGGCAGAAAACAAUCCGGGAGAUGACAGGGCGUGUAGAGCCAGGAGUCUCAGGCCUGUGUCUGCGCGAGCAGCAGAGAUUUGUGUGCCCCCGAGAUGCGUGCGUGUGUGUGUGUGUGUGUGUGACAGCGUGUCUCCGUGACGUCGUCUGCGUUUGCAUGUCAGUGACAGAUACUUGAUUUGUGCUUAUUUAACUUCAUGGCUUAUGGGUGACCGACGGUUGUGUGGCGGUGUGGGUUGUCAUUGGAACGCAUGGCUCUAGGCUCCGCGGAUCCUCCGCCCUGUGUCCUCACAGCCACUUGGGGACGGCCGCAGAUAAAAGAGGGAAGCCAGAUUCGGGGCCUUAGAAUGGAAGAAUGGAGAAUUACAGCAAGGUCACACAGACUUGAUCUUGAGAUGAGAUUUUUUUUUUUUUUUUUUUUUUUGGAAGCUCGAUGUGGCCCCAAGGCAGGCUUUUGGGAAGACCUGAUGAGGUCCCAGGAGUAGGAGUAGGAUCCCCCCUGGAAGCUCCUAGAGGUCACCUACAUGUUUCCUAACCACAGCAUUUCCAGAACUCCGGCCCCAGGAACAUGCUGUGAAUUGGAGACAGAUUCCACCCGAGACGUCAGUGAUCCUGGCCUCUCUCAUACUGGGAAGGUCAACACUGCUCUAGUAGCCUUUCUACUCCCAGUCUGGUUGUGUGUGUGGGACUGGUGUUAGAAGUUACUGUGCUAUCCAAGAAAAUCCUGAUGUCUCAUGAUUGCUUUCUCUUUUCCCAGUGCUGCCAGUCUCUUAAAAAAAAAAAAAAAAAAGAUACUGAGAGCAAAAAGAAUUUUUGUUACACAUCUAAAAGUUAAACUUCAGGUGCCAUUGACAUUCAGUGAUGUCGCCAUAGACUUUUCUCAGGAGGAGUGGGAAUGCCUAAAUUCUGAUCAGAGGGAUUUGUACAGAGAUGUGAUGUUGGAGAAUUAUACUAACUUGGUCUCACUGGACUUUGAUUUUACAACUGAGACCAACAAGUUAUCUUCAGAAAAAAGCAGUUAUGAAGUAAAUUCAUACCAUCGGGAGACAAUGAAAAGAAGUAAAACCUUCAACCUAAUGAGGUUUAUUUUCAGAAAUGACCCACAGUGCAGAAUUGAAUUUGGGAGAGAACAGGGACCCAACAUGGGAUGUUUUAGUCAAAUGACAUUUAUAAAACAUAUAUCUCUUCCUCUACAUCAGAGAAUUCACUCUAGAGAGAACUCCUAUGAAUGUAAGGAAUGUAGGAGGGGCUUUAGAAAAAAAUCACACUUUACUGAACAUUUGAGAGACCAUAAUGGUGUGAGACCAUAUGAAUGUAAAGAAUGUGGAAAGGCCUUUAUAGUUCUCCAGCAUUUUAUUAGACAUAAAAAAAUGCACACUGAUUUGAAACCCUAUGGAUGUAAUGGAUGUGAGAAGGCCUUUAGGUUUUAUUCACAGCUUAUUCAACAUCAGAUAAUUCAUACUGGUGUAAAACCUUAUGAAUGUAAGCAAUGUGGGAAGUCUUUUAGACGUUAUUCUCACGUUACUGAACAUCAGAAAAUUCAUAUCGGUUUGAAACCCUAUGAAUGUAAUGAAUGUGGGGAAACUUUUAGAUUGUACCGACAUAUGUGCCUACAUCAGAAAAUGCAUCAUGGUGUGAAACCCUAUAUAUGCAAGGAAUGUGGGAAGGCUUUUGGUCAUCGCUCAAGUCUUUAUCAACAUAAGAAAAUUCAUUCUGGUGAGAAACCAUAUAAAUGUAAACAAUGUGGAAAGGCCUUUGUUCGCAGCUAUCUACUUAUUGAACAUCAGAGAAGUCAUACUGGCGAGAAGCCUCAUGAAUGUAAGGACUGUGGAAAGGCCUUUAGUAGGGGCUCAAGCCUUCUUAAACAUAAGAGAAUUCAUAGUAGUGAGAAGCUCUAUGAUUGUAAGGAAUGCGGGAAGGCCUUCUGUAGAGGCUCUCAACUUACACAACAUCAAAGAAUUCAUACUGGUGAGAAGCCACAUGAAUGCAAAGAAUGUGGGAAGACAUUUAAGCUUCAUUCAUACCUUAUUCAACAUCAGAUAAUUCAUACUAAUUUGAAACCACAUGAAUGUAAACAAUGUGGGAAAGCCUUCAGUCGUGUUGGAGACCUUAAAACACAUCAGUCAAUUCAUGCAGGGGAGAAACCAUAUGAAUGUAAGGAAUGUGGAAAAACCUUUAGACUUAAUUCUCAACUGAUUUAUCAUCAGACAGUUCAUACUGGUUUGAAACCAUAUGUAUGUAAAGAAUGUAAAAAGGCCUUUCGUUCUAUCUCAGGUCUUUCUCAACAUAAGAGAAUUCAUACUGGUGAAAAACCCUAUGAGUGUAAAGAAUGUGGUAAGGCCUUUAAUCGUAGUGAUCGUCUGACUCAGCAUCAGAGAAUUCAUACUGGUGUGAAACCACACAAAUGUAAGGACUGUGGAAAGGCCUUUACUCAUUGCUAUCAACUUACCCAACAUCAAAGAUUUCAUAGUGGUGAGAAACUCUUGAUGUAGUGAGAGUCAGAAAGCCUUUUAGCCAUGGCACAUCCUUUACCAUUGUCACUAUUCCACCACCUAAUGAUGUUAUGGUAAAGAUUAAGUUAUUUAACAUAAAAAUAUAAAUGCUUAGAAAGGCA